ACCACAAACUCACCCACAACAACAACUUCAGCUCCAACUACAACCACAAGCUCACCCACAACAACAAGUUCAGCUCCAACUACAACUACAACCACAAACUCACCCACAACAACAACUUCAGCUCCAACUACAACCACAAACUCACCCACAACAACAACUCCCACUACAACCACAAGCUCACCCACAACAACAACUUCAGCUACAACUACAACCACAAGCUCACCCACAACAACAACUCCAACUACAACCACGAGCUCUCCCACAACAACAACUUCAGCUCCCACUACAACCACGAACUCACCCACAACAACAACUUCAGCUCCAACUACAACCACGAGCUCACCCACAACAACUUCAACCCCAACUACAACCACGAGCUCACCCACAACAACAACUUCAGCUCCAACUACAACCACGAGCUCACCCACAACAACAAGUUCAGCUCCAACUACAACUACAACCACAAACUCACCCACAACAACAACUUCAGCUCCAACUACAACCACAAACUCACCCACAACAACAACUCCCACUACAACCACAAGCUCACCCACAACAACAACUUCAGCUACAACUACAACCACAAGCUCACCCACAACAACAACUCCAACUACAACCACGAGCUCUCCCACAACAACAACUUCAGCUCCCACUACAACCACGAACUCACCCACAACAACAACUUCAGCUCCAACUACAACCACGAGCUCACCCACAACAACAACUUCAGCUCCAACUACAACCACGAGCUCUCCCACAACAACAACUUCAGCUCCCACUACAACCACGAACUCACCCACAACAACAACUUCAGCUCCAACUACAACCACGAACUCACCCACAACAACAACUUCAGCUCCAACUACAACCACGAGCUCACCCACAACAACAACAUCAGCUCCAACUACAACCACGAACUCACCCACAACAACAACUUCAGCUCCAACUACAACCACGAGCUCACCCACAACAACAACUUCAGCUCCAACUACAACCACGAGCUCACCCACAACAACAACUUCAGCUCCAACUACAACCACAAGCUCACCCACAACAACAACUUCAGCUCCAACUACAACCACAAACUCACCCACAACAACAACUCCAACUACAACCACGAGCUCACCCACAACAACAACUUCAGCUCCAACUACAACCACGAACUCACCCACAACAACAACUUCAGCUCCAACUACAACCACAAGCUCACCCACAACAACAACUUCAGCUCCAACUACAACCACGAACUCACCCACAACAACAACUUCAGCUCCAACUACAACCACAAGCUCACCCACAACAACAACUCCAACUACAACCACGAGCUCUCCCACAACAACAACUUCAGCUCCCACUACAACCACGAACUCACCCACAACAACAACUUCAGCUCCAACUACAACCACGAGCUCACCCACAACAACUUCAGCCCCAACUACAACCACGAACUCACCCACAACAACAACUUCAGCUCCAACUACAACCAUGAGCUCACCCACAACAACAACAUCAGCUCCAACUACAACCACGAACUCACCCACAACAACAACUUCAGCUGCAACUACAACCACGAGCUCACCCACAACAACAACUUCAGCUCCAACUACAACCACGAGCUCACCCACAACAACAACUUCAGCUCCAACUACAACCACAAGCUCACCCACAACAACAACUUCAGCUCCAACUACAACCACAAACUCACCCACAACAACAACUCCCACUACAACCACAAGCUCACCCACAACAACAACUUCAGCUCCAACUACAACCACGAGCUCACCCACGACAACAACUUCAGCUCCAACUACAACCACAAGCUCACCCACAACAACAAGUUCAGCUCCAACUACAACCACACGCUCACCCACAACAACAAGUUCAGCUCCAACUACAACCACGAGCUCACCCACAACAACAACUUCAGCUCCAACUACAACCACAAGCUCACCCACAACAACAACUUCAGCUCCAACUACAACC